GUUGUGGUCCAUUUAAAAGUCUUGUGAUUUGGUCUACUGAUACCUUUCUGACCGCUUGCAAUCCCGUUUUUAUUCAUGCACGUGAGCUGAAAUAUCUAUGUCUCCAGAAGCACCACGCUGUGACAAGAACUGCAAAAUAGCAAGGUCACCACUAAUUUACAAAGGCCAUGUAUAUCACCCUUAUAUCAAAAAUAUAAUAAUUGGAGGAGGAUUGAUGGCUUUGGGGGAAAUUUGUGCUCAGUCACUCAAAAUGUACUUUUUUGGUCCACCUAACUGUAAUUCGGGCUCCAACAUCGACCUGUGCUCUGUUUGUGAUCAAGAAUCAUCUAAAAAAUCUUGGAUAUAUCUCAUCACAGAUACAAAAAAUUACAACUUCAACACCAUUAUUAGACAGAGUGCUAUCGGAUCGUUCCAAGGAUUCUAUCAAUUUAUAUAUUAUAGUUGGUUAGACAAAGUAUUCUCUGGAGUAUCGUUGACUAUAGUCGCAAAGAAGGUGUUGUUAGAUGAAGUGUUAAUAGGACCUAUAAGCCUGGCGAUAUUUUUUCUUUAUAAUGGAUUUUGUGACACAUGUACGAUGGCUGGAGCUUUUCAGCGGUGUCGCCAGUCAUUUCUUUCUGGUUAUUUGUCAGACUUAGUUUAUUGGCCUAUAUUGCAAACCAUUAACUUUGCACUUGUCCCUCCCGGAUAUCGUGUCUUAUAUGUCAUAUUUUUCACUAGUCUAUGGAACACUUACUUAUGUUUCUUUAAUGCUCGUAUGACCAAAUAAAUUUGGUUACUGCAAUGUUCAAGAUUUGUUUCGAUAAUAUGAUCAUCUGAUUGAGUCUUUGAAAUAACUUCAUUUCUGUCUACUCUAUUAAACUGUGUAUAUUUUCGAUAUAAGGACGUCAAGAAUGUAAAUCUGAUUAGAUGUACUACUGGCAUCAAUUUAAGUAAUUUAUAAUUUAACUCAAACAUAUAUUGUCAUCGACCAUAUUACAUAUCUGGAUAAACAACAUAGGAGAUUUACAAUUUUAUUGAAACUAUGCAUCUUUAUCUGGAUUAAGGUGGUAGCACUUUCAAAUGGAAAGUUUGGUGAGUGUAAUCGAAAUUAUAUUUAACUUCUGAAAUCUAAGCUAGUAUUCACUACUCCUUUGAUUUUAAUGAUUGUAAAAUUCAAUCUUGAUAAAUGCUCACAUAAUUAUACUUUACAUUAAUAUACACUAAUAACAUUAUGUUUUAAUAGACGAGACAAUGAGAAAAACCUAUUGUGCUUACAUCAUCCGUGUCGAUAUCAUCUAAUGUCCAACAACAAUAUGUGCCCAGAAAUAUCCAAGCUGAUAUAAAACAGAAAAUGGUAGCAAGCCAUAAUAAAAUGUAUCCAGAACCAUAAUCAAUAGAUGUUGUUGUACGUUGUUUCUAUUUUCAAUUAUAUGGCAUAAUGUAGUAAACAAAGAGAGAAAAUAAUCUUAACGUAAAAAAUUUGUUAAAUAUAAAAAGUUAUUCUGAUUAUAAUUUAACAAUCAAUGGAAGUUAUCUAGAACUAAGAUAUUCAGUCAAUAUUUAUAAAUCAAUAACAAGUUAUUUUGUAGAUGUAAACUGGAUCCUUUUGACUAGAUACAUAAGUAAACAUAGAUCUUCUGUUUCUAUAUUUAUUUAUUUAUUUAUUAUCACUGUUCAUAGUAAGUAAUUUCAGACUUUACUAGAAUGCUAAUUUAUCAACAUCACUGUAUCAUAACAAGGUGUCUGAAAUGAUAAGCACAUUUUUCCAAUCUACAUAAGUAUGGUUGAUAUUGUUUUAGCGUUUAGUAUACAAGAGAAAUUAUUGUAACAAAUGAAAUGUUUAUCAUCUUUGUAAAACAAUAAAAUAUAUUAUUACACUAAUCUUAGUUAUCAUAAUGCUUUGAUUGUCAGUUAGCCAAUUGAUAUUCAAUACAAUGUUAUAUACAAUUUGAAAGUCUAUUUUUAUACAACAAAUAUUUAUUAGUUACUUUACUGAUGAAAAGUCAUAUAAAAUAGAAGAUAAUUUUAGUG